CUGUUAGCUGUCACAAAUAGUGAGCUGAACCAAUAAAAGCAAUGUAAAAUAAAACAUUCGGCCAAGAAAUACGAUGAAACGACUGCAUUAGAUUGACACUUAACUUAUGAAAACCGUGAAGAUGAGAUCAACUCUUAAAACAAAUAUUAUAAAGAACCAGCGCAACCGGAACAGGCGUGUUGUGACGUACAGAAGCAGUUAUUCAUUAUUCACAGUGUUAUCGAGCAUUAUGGCUGAAAUGGAUUGCGGCGCUCGUCUGCGCUUUCCUAACGGGGAUAUCAAAAUGUCUAAUUACGAAGACGGUCAAGCAACAUCAUUUUCAACACCUCUAAAACAGCAAGUUAAUUUACAAAGAAUUCGAGACCGGGCAGAGAAAUUACAAGCAGAUUUGAUUGAACAAAUGAGCCGAGAACUAGAGUGUUUAUUUGAAGAAUUUGUAUCAGAAGUUGAACAAAUUGAACAGAAUCCACAGUCUCUUUUUGAAAUUAAACCUAACAGUUGGAACAAAAAUUGGAAUAGAAAAGAAAAUAAGAAAUUAGUAAAGCGAAAAGAUGGUGAACUACCAGAGAAAGUGUUUGUCAAUAGACGAUCUGUUUUAACAGAGUUGUUGGAAAUAACUCAUAUCCAAACAAUUUAUAAUAUCUUUGUGGCCAUUCUGCUGGUAUUUAGUCUAAAUACUAUUGUAUAUGAUCUCAUUGACACAGGCAGACUUCAUCUUGACUUCAAUUUGAUACAAUGGGCAUUUGGUAAAUUUCCCAAGGUAAUGGCUCUUUGGGUGUGUAUGCAGCUGGCAACCUUGUUGAUAUUCUAUCCAGCUUUCUAUUAUUGGGCUUCUUCAAAAAAAAUCAGACCUUAUAAAGUUUGGGAUUGGAUUUGGCUGGGACUCUUUGUAGCUUAUCAGUUGUUAUUCUUUGUUCUACCAGUGAAUUAUUUGUAUGAAAAUAAUCUGCCACCAGCUUCUGCAGUAAUCAUUGUCACAGAACAGUUACGGCUAAUAAUGAAAGUUCACUCGUUUGUUCGAGAAAAUGUACCAAAGGUUUUGAACUACAAAAAAGCAGAUAGUGAUGAUAAUGUUUGUCCAGAUUUUUCAAAAUAUCUUUAUUUUUUGUUUUCUCCAACUCUUAUUUAUAGAGAUUCUUAUCCAAGGACUCAGAAAAUCCGUUGGAAUUAUGUUGUUAGUAAUUUUUCUCAAGUAUUGGCAUGCCUUUUCUACACUUACUAUAUAUUUGAACGCUUCUGUGUGCCUGUCUUCAGAAACUUUAACCGGGAACAUGUUACUCCAAAGGCUCUGUUAUUAUCGGUCUUUGGUUGUAUGUUACCUGGCACUCUUGUGCUCUUCAUUGGGUUCUUUGCCAUACUUCACUCAUGGUUGAAUGCAUUUGCUGAAAUGUUAAGAUUUGGUGACCGUCUUUUCUAUAAAGAUUGGUGGAACUCAACAACUUUUUCCAAUUACUACCGCACAUGGAAUGUUGUCGUUCAUGAUUGGCUGUACACUUACAUAUACAAAGAUGUUUACACGAUUCUUGGUUACAAAAUGAGAAAUGUUGGCUUAACCAGUGUGUUCCUAAUAUCAGCUGUUUUUCAUGAAUAUGUUCUAGUUGUGUCUUUUGGGUUUUUUUAUCCGGUGUUGUUUGUCAUGUUUGCUGGAGCUGGAUUUGGUUUCGUAUUCCUAACAGAUAAAGGUGUCUCCCGUAGUUGGAAUGUAUUUAUGUGGGUUGCUCUGUUCAUUGGCAAUGGUCUCCUUAUGUGUCUCUAUAGCUUGGAAUGGUAUGCUCGUCAGAACUGUCCUGCAACUACCAAUGACUUUUUUGACUACCUCAUCCCUCGUUCAUGGACAUGUGAUUUUUCUGGAAUCCCGCAUGAAUCAGAUUAAUGAGAGAAAAAACUACAGACUUGAAUUUCAUCUUUUCUGAACAUGAUUGCUCUUCAAAAAAAAAAAGGAAAAUAUUGUUAAAAAUUAGACUUUGAAGUCUAAAUACUAACUGUUAACUCUUGAGAUGUUAUGGUAAUCUUCAGUACUUGUUAAUUUCUUGUUAGUUGGCUUGAGUGGAAUCUAAUAAUUAAUGACUUACCAUUCCAUGAGAGAAGUCGACUCAGUUUUCCAAAAUUUUGUUUUACAGAAUCAGAUUUUUUUAGACUCAAGUUUUGUUCAAUUCUUAUUUUUAAUUCUUCAAGAUUAUCAAAAUUUUAUAUUUAAAAAAAAAAAAAAAAGGGGGGGGACUUAGGGAUCAGAUUUUUGGUUGCUAGAUAUAAUUUUGACAUUUCUGAAACCAUACUUCUAUCAUUAUCAGUUGCUUACUAAUUUCAUCAGUUUGUAUAACUUAUUGGCUUUAAGUUGGAAAUAUAAAGAGUUAGGUACACAACUCUUUAUGAAUAAAUUUGAAACAUUUCUAAAAUAAAAUUAAGUCCUAUUUAUUUUACAAAUUGUUUUGAUAAUCUUUCCUAAUUUAUUCCUAGAUAUAUUUGAUGUCACUUAACUGUUUCUGCAAGGCAACUAUAGAUUACUUGUAUUGAAGAAACACUCAUAUCUUGUAUCUUCUAACACUGAGUGACAUUUAUUUUCCAUAUAUAGUAAAAAAUUUCUAACUCUAAAAUGAUCCUUACAGGGGCUUCCAAAAGAAUAAAACAUUGUAAAUACAUACUGUAAAUACAUAAUCUCUACCAUAAUAUUUAAGACAGUGAUGAUUUGUACUUGAGAAUAAUUUAGAGAAGUUAUGUACAUUUUGAUGUACAAACAAGAGCAAAAGUAUUCAAUCCACAUAGAUUUCAUUCAUUCAUUCAAAACAGGUGAUUCAUUCUAUCAUUAUGCUGGGUUUCUUGUUUGUGUGCAUUCCUUUUGGGGCAUACAAAUGAGGAAACUGAGAGUAGUGAUAUAGUGAAUCAUCAGCUUUGUGGGGGGGGGGGGAGUGUGUGUGUUUGAGUGUGUGAAAAUGAUAAUCAUUAACCACUCCUAUUUUGUAAUUGAAUAAUUAACAUUAAAAAAUACAUCUAGUCAUAGUGUAAGUUGGUUGCUGGUUUUACAAAACAAUCCAAAUCUAUGCUAAUAUGGGACAUUAUGUGUGUAAAAUAAAGAUACUACUUUUGGUUGAUGAUUUUGAAUUUCAAAACAGAUCUUUAGUUGAAUUAUUUAUUUAAAGUGAAACAUUUAUUAGUACCACAUGCAUAAAUUUUAGGUAAUUAUGUUCAGUGUUAAUUAGGUUUUUCAUUAUAGAAUGUUUCCCUUUUUGUAUUUUUCUUUCAGUUAUUUUAAUUUCAACUGUUGACAUUCCCUGUUAAUGUUGCACAUUAUUCCAUGAAGUUAUUAUAAUGUUUAACCAAACCUUUUUGGCUGUUUAUUCUUUUCAUUGACAUUUUGGUUUUAAGGAGCAUUAAUGAAAAUUAAUUUUAAUAUCAUAUUGUGGACACUCCAUAAUAUAAUAACUUACUUAUUUGCAUAACCAAGAGGGACUCUCUGUUGUUAGUUAAUGCAAACACUUCAGUUCUUAUAGACAUACACUGAAAAGGAGUCAUAAGACCUGUAUUAGCAAAUAAGCUGGAGAUCCAAGUAGAUGACAAGCUAACAAAGGGAUCACUUGGUAGAGAAGAAUGGCUGAAAAAACAAUUAUAAAGACGAGAGGUUGAAUUUAAAGGAAGUUAAUAACAACAUUCUUGCCUUUCACACAAAGAUAUUAGUGAUGUGUAUGAAGUGAAAGAAUUGUAAUUAGGAAUCAAAACUACAAUGCAAACAAACACUUCUUACCAAGAAAUUUCUACUGCUACACUGGUUACCAUACUUAUGUGUUACUGUAUGUGUUUGUGUGCUCUCGUAGUGAAGAUUAAUGACCCACACUCUUCUAAAGAUGCAAAAUCUCAAAUUUAGCUAAAUUAUAAUUAACCAUCCAACAACAUAAUCCACGUUGUAAUUUUGUUGCUAAGGAAACAAGUGAUAGAGCAAAUCAUAAAUCCGUGAUACUAAAUGUUCACUAUGCAUACAGUUUGUGUAGAAAAAUUUGAAAAUGCCUUAAAAUUAUUAAGGAUAUUGGAGCCUGGUGUUGCCAUCCGGUUUCACCAGUCCUCAAUCAAAUCGUCCAACCCAUGCUAGCAUGGAAAGUAGAUGUUAAACGAUGAUGAUGAUUGUACUCCCAGCAAACAGGAGAUGAAGAGAAUCAUUUUAAAUGUCCUAAAUGUAAUAAAAAUUACUUCUAGCCACUCAAAUUAACCUUCAGCCAGCCUAACAUAUAACUCUAAGGGAUCUCCUUUUAUUAGCACAUCUGGAUUCCACAUACCACAUCGUUGCAAUACACUGUUUGGGUCAUCCUUUGGUUGAUGAUGUUUGUAACCUUAGCAACUGGAAAUUCAAUCAAUGAUCUACAAUUAAUGUUGAAGAUAUUUUCUUUGUUCAUUGUUUUUCCUUUACUGUUUCUGGUUCAUGAGUUUCUUUGAAAACAUUUUUGGCAUAUACAUGUGUGUGUGUGUGUGUGUGUGUUUAUGUAUUAUAUGUUUGUUUGUAUGUAUUACAUAUAUGUGUGUGUGUGCAUGUGUAAUAUAUAUAUAUAUAUAUAUAUAUAUAUAUAUAUAUAUAUAUAUAUAUAUAUAUAUUUAAUCUUUGCAGAUAUAGGGUAAAAAUUAAUAAUUAAUUAAUAAAUUGAUAAUUGAACGAAGUAGUUCAGUAUGUUAAAAAACCAUUACCGGUAAACUUAUCCAAAAGUUUUAUAAUUAUAAACAUAAUUACAAUUAAGGGUUCAGCAAAAAUUUUUGCUAAACCCAUAAUUGUAAUUAUACAUACAUACAUACAUACAUACAUACAUACAUACAUAUAUAUAUAUAUAUAUAUAUAUAUAUAUAUAUAUUACACACACACACACACACAAAUGUAUAAUGUGCAUAUGUAGGUAAACAUUGUAUUAUGUAACUCCAUGCUCAGUGUUUUGUUGACUUUAUUUACCUCUAAAACUAUGUGUUUCAUAAAAUGGAGUUACUAUGUUUAUUGUUGCUUGACUGUAAACUGGGUAUGUGUCAAACAUGAAUAACAUUCAACUGUGACAUUGUUUUAUAUGUAUUUGUUUAUAAAACAUUACCAAAGAUCUUUCUUUCCUUUUAUUUUUGUUGCAAACUAGUCAAAUUAUUUUGUAAUAUAUUACACAUCAUAAAUCUUUGUAAUAAAUCUGUAUAACUGCA